GCUAACUUCACGAUUGUUGAUAUUUUGGAAAAACACGUGUUUUCGCAGCUUAGGUAAUUUUCACAUUUUUCACCAAUAUGAGUGCUGUGAAAUCAUCUGUGACGGUCGAAGAGGAUUUUCCAGAUCAGAACGAACCAAUAAUCGCGGACGAGGAUGAUGACCGUGAUGGAGACAUUUCUGGCUCAAAUUCCUCUGAUGGUGAGGAAACUGAGAAAAAAUCAGGAUGGGCAGACUCAAUGGCACGUGUUCUGGCUGAAGAGAAGCCUAAAAAUAAAUCAACGGUGAUCUUCGCCAGAGCAAAGAAAGAGGCGAAGGAUAGCGAAAAGAAGAAGCUGUCAUUUGAGAUUGAAGGGGAAAUCAAGCCAGCCGAAAAGAAGCCUUCAAAAGAAGAGUUGGAUAAUGAGGUUGCUCGGGUGAAGAAUGAACGUUUGGACAGGAAGCGAAAGAGGGAGGCUUUACGGAAUCUCAGUGUUCAGCCCGAUAUCACAGAAAAGUCCCGAGAAUUGGCUCUGAAGCGCGUAGCAACCAGAGGAGUUGUUCAGCUCUUCAACGCUGUCCAGGCGCAGCAGAAGGACAUCUCAAAGCGUCUGGAGACAGAAAAGUUGGAACACAAGAGAGAAAAGGUGCUGAAGAAUGUGAACAAGACAGCUUUUCUGGAUGCUCUGAUGGGAGGCCCUCGCGCCAAGUCGGAGCUCAUAGAUAAUCCGGUGAAGAGUGAAGAUGUCAAGGACGAAGAUGAGGAGAGUGAUGAGGAGCCUGGUCGGCCGUCGACUUGGAAUGUACUGCGAGAUGACUUCAUGGUGCCGUCAAAGAAGAACAAAGAUUGGGACAAGAUGGACGAGGAAGACGCGGAGGAUGACAAAAGGAGCGAGCCGGAAGACAAUGAAGACUCUAAUGAAGAGAGUGAUUAACGAGAUGAAUAUAUUUUAUUUGAUAAGCA